ACAUAUCAAAAUGAUUUCAUGUCGUGGUUCGAUUGCUAAAACAGUUCUUGGUGUUUUGAAUGCAACAUUCAUCAUGAUAUCAUUGGCUAUGAUACUUUUGGGACUACAGAUGAAAGUACAACAAACAACCGCCAAUUCGUUCGCUUACAAAAUGACCAUGGUCACAAACAUGACAAUGAACGCUAAUCCAUACAAUAAUGAUGAUGAAUCGGUAGCAUUCAUGGGCAUAAUGAAAUGGGAUCGAAUGUCCAAUUUAUUGAUAAUAAUUGGAGCAUUCUUAGCUAUCGUAUCGAUAUUUGGUUUUUGUGCAGCAUUAAGUGAAUCAUCAUUAUUUUUAAACAUCUAUAUCUAUUUCUUGAGUAUCAUCACCUGUACAGUAUGGAUAGCCAUUAUUUUAAUUCUUAUGUUCAAUGGACCGUUAUUUAAAUAUGGUCGUCAUCUGUUUAUCGUUCGUAUGGAAACGUUUUCCAAUCCAACAUCAAAGCCGAAAAACGCUGAUGAUUAUGCAUUGUUCAUACAAAAUUUUCAACAAAUUUUCCAUUGUUGCGGUGUUGAAUCACCAAACGAUUGGUUGAAUCGGACAUUCGGAAAUAUAUCCUUGGGUCAGGAAAUUUUACCUGCAAGUUGUUGCUCAAUUGAACCACAACAACAACAAAGAAAAGAUAUGUUAAUCAAAUUGUUUCUUAAAGAAGAAAGCUACAAUACUUGUUUCAAAGCUGAACUUGCUCAUCAUGAUGGCUGCUUUUCAUCGAUUCAAAUUGUUCGUUAUCGUUUAUUUGGACAAAUGAUUUUGAUUGUCAUCAUUAUGUUGUUAGCGCUGUUAGUAUCAUUAACAUGUUGUCUUGAACGUGAUAAACGUUUACAAUAUUCUCGUUUGGUUAAUAUGCAAUAUGCUACACAUUUAUCUGGUUGUCGUCAAGGCCCAUAUGGACUUGGAUAUAGUUUUGGCCGUAUGCAUUGUCCGUUACGAAAAUCUUCGGUGGAACCACAUGUGGAACGGAAUCUAAAGCGGACGAUAAUGGCUUCGAUGGUUGAACCACCGCAAUCACAACCACAAUUCAAGUCAAUGAUUUCGAAUGUAACGCAGCCACAGGCAUCAUCAGCGAUCGGAGAUUGGUUAUGAUUUUUUAUUAAGAAUUUUUUGUUUUUAAUUAAAAAAUGCACUUUGUAUUUAUAUCAAAAAAAAUAAUAUAUAUUGUAUCGCCAUCUAUUGGCCAUAUUGAUAUGUUUGUUGUGUUUCCGGGUUUUUCUUUUACAGUGAAAAAUGAGCAAGUAGAAAGCAACAUCAAAUUGACAAAUUGUGAUGAUGAAAAUAUGGCGACAAGUUGUUGUCAUUCGAAAUAUUUAAUUUGUCCAAUCAAUUCUAAUCAUAAAGUAAAUUCCAAACGCUACGAUGACCAUUUGUUGAGAU